AUGGCUGCUGUACCCGAUCAGGAAGGGAGGGAUAUGGCGGAACACGACGUGAUGGAGGAUGUAGACCCGAUGGUCCGGCGGAGUUAUGAGGAUGCAGUGAACCUGCUCAACACAACACAGUCCGGAUUCAAAGCCGUUGGAGCUCGGACAUAUACCGCCGUCCGAGAACGUGAUGACUUGAUUCUAAUGGAGAAAUGGCUUGGCUACAUUGGCUACUCGCCCGCCGAUAUCAACCGCCUAAACGUUAUUCAUGUUGCGGGAACCAAGGGCAAAGGCACCACCUGCGCCUUCGUCAAUGCCAUCCUGCAACGGUACCACGAUACCGGCCAACCCCCGCGCAAGAUCGGGCUCUAUACGUCGCCUCACCUCGUCAGCGUGCGCGAGCGCAUACGAAUCAACUCGGAACCGCUUUCAGAGGAGCUUUUCGCUCGGUACUUUUUCGAGGUCUGGCUGGCGUUCGAGGAGGGGGUCGACGUGGCCAUCUACGAAGUCGGCGUCGGCGGUGAAUUCGACUCGACCAACAUCGUCCCCAAGCCCCUCGCCGUCGCCAUCACCACGCUCGGCAUUGACCACCAGACAAACCUGGGCGACACCAUUGAGCAGAUCGCCUGGCACAAGGCUGGCAUCAUGAAGACGGCCGUGAAGGCGGGUGCGUUUACCGUCGAUCAAGUGCCCGCGGCGAUGGAGGUGUUGAAGCAGAGGGCCGAGGAGAAGGGUGUAGCCCUGACGGUGCUGCGCGGGAGCCCGGCCGUUGAUAAGAUCCGGCUGCGACCGAACGAGGAUUUUCAGAAGAAAAACGCCCAGCUUGCAGUGGAGCUUGCCUACGCGGCCCUGUCCCACCUGAACGUGCAUGUCCAGAACGAACCGGAACAGCUCCCUGAUGAGUUUGUUUAUGGGCUGGAGAAUGUCACGUGGAGAGGGAGGUGUGAGGUCAAGAUCACGGGAAACCAGGAAUGGUGUCUUGAUGGCGCUCAUAACGAACCGAGUCUACAGGUGGCCUCACGGUGGUUCUCCAAGUUGGAAAGGGAAUCCCCGAUGGAAUCAAUCCUUCUUUUCAACCAGCAAUCCACGCGCGCCGCCACGCCCUUGCUCGAAACCAUUCACCAAGUCCUAUGCAAGGAAAACGGCGUGAAAUUCUCCCGCGCGGUAUUCUGCGCCGGCGUCACCUACAAAGAUAUGACGUUCAAACCCGACUUUGUCAACCGCAACAUCGAUCCCAAGGCCCUAGCAUCCCUUGAGGCCCAGCACAUCUUUGCCAACGCAUGGCACCGCCUCGAGCCGGGCUCGGAAGUCGAUGUGCUGCCGUCGAUUCAGCACGCCAUUGACCGCAUCCGCGAGGUGAUUGGGGAUAGGCAUGUUCGGGUCUUGGUGACUGGCAGCUUCCACCUCGUGGGGGCGCUUUGUGCAUCUUGGAGGGAGGCCAGAGCUUUGCCUUGGCCAGCACGUCGGGGUCGUGAUUCAAGAACGUCGUGA